UCCAUGGCUCCUCCUUGCCCGGCCUCUGCGCAGCUAACAGGCUAAGCUGGCUCGGCGGCUCGCAGGUUCUCUCGGUGUGGUUAGUUAGUUUGAGACGCACCGGCUCCAUCCACAGUACGGUGCAGUUCCGAGCGACCAAACUGAAAGUUCACGCCCGGUAAAGGGACGCCGAGUUUGGAUAUCAGCUUACAAACAGGUGAAGAUGAUUAAGCUGUUCUCCCUGAAGCAGCAGAAAAAAGACGAGGAAUCUGCUGGAGGAAACAGAGCCGGAGCCGGGGGGAAGAAAGCCAGCGCGGCCCAGCUUCGAAUACAGAAAGGUUUCAACCAGCUAACCUGCUGUAAUCAGAUGUUUCAACCAGACAUCAAUGAACUAAACUUGCCAAAGACUUGUGAAAUCAGCUUCCCAGAUGACGACGACCUCCUCAACUUUAGACUCAUCAUCUCACCUGAUGAGGGUUUUUACAAAGGAGGAAAGUUUGUCUUCAGCUUUAAGGUGGGACAGGGUUACCCCCACGAUCCCCCGAAGGUAAAGUGUGAGACGAUGGUUUAUCACCCCAACAUCGACCUUGAGGGAAACGUCUGCCUUAAUAUUUUAAGAGAGGACUGGAAGCCUGUUUUGACAGUAAACUCCAUCAUCUACGGUCUACAGUAUCUAUUUCUAGAGCCAAACCCAGAGGACCCGUUGAACAAGGAGGCAGCAGAGGUCCUCCAGACAAACCGCCGGCUCUUCGAGCAGAACGUCCAUCGCUCUCUGAGGGGCGGCUAUGUGGGCGCCACCUACUUUGAGAGAUGUCUGAAGUAGCUCACCAUCCCACCGUCCUCCAAGCUCCUCCCACUUCUCCCCUUUACCCCUUCUUCCUGAUCUCUCCUUCCUCCUCCAGCUCGUCUUUGGUUCUGCUCGCAGGAGCCGCAGCGAUGGAAAGCAGCACGACGCAACACGCUUUCCUGUUUUAACACAAAAGAAGAAGCUUCACCUCCCACUCCUCCUCUUCCUCACUUGUCCCCUCCCAUCUCCUCUUUCUCCUUCCACAUUUCUGUUUCAGUUCCACCAUUUAGACACCACAGGAGGACACCAACAAACGACACACAUCUGGAGGGGGAUGAAGAUGAAGAUGGAGGAGGACUGUGGAUGGACAGAUUUGGGGGGGGAGUGUGUUUGUGAAUGUUGCUGUGGUCAACUUCACAGCACUGAUGAAAAUGAUGCUCACCAGAUUAUCUGUUUUUAUUUUGCGUGUGUGGCAGGACGCCUGACAUCACACAGGUGAUCAGAAAGACACGCCCCUUCCCUGUCACCGCCUUCAUUCAUUGGUUAAAGAUCAGAAAGAAAGCAGCAAAUUCCAAACUACUCGCUUCGUUCCUGCAGUAAGGUUCUGAGGGGGGCGGAGCUUCUUGUUUUGUAAUGACAGGAAGUCAAUCAGAGGGGCGGGGCUUCUCACUUAUUUCCUGCAGGAAGUCUCUGAUGGGUUGGAUCUUCUCUCUGGAAGCCUAUGGAGGAGCAAAGUUUCUCUUUCUUCAUGAAGGAAGUCUGAAGGCGGAGUUUCUCACUUUGUUCCUAAAUGAAGUCAGAAAGAGGGUGGAGCUUUUCGCUUUAUACCUGUGAGAAGGUCUUAAAGGGGGUGGAGCUUUUCACUUUACUCUUGCAGGAAGUCUAACAGGGGCAAAGCUUUUACAUCAGUGAGCAGAUGCGCCUUAAGUUUUUUUCUUAAAAAAUUUUAGUUUUUUAGCUUAAAGUGGCUGCAACGCCCCCUACAGGUGUACUGAGGGGAGGCUGGGCAUCUCAGUAAAGGGGAGGAGCUAGUUUUAAGGGGAGGGUUUGAUAGAGUAGAUUUAAGUAGCAGGUGGGACGGGCUUGUAAAGGUGGAGUAGCUGGUGGAGGAGGAAACAUGCCUUAAAGUCUUUGUAGCUGUUGAAUGGCAAGUCGAUCAGGGUGGGAGGAGCUUAUUCCUGCAGGAAGUUGACAACAGACGACAUGACGGACAUGAAGGAGUUGAUCUGUUUGGAGUUUGCUGCUGAAUAAAUCCCAUGAAACGCUGGUGGGCGGGGCAUAAUAUGAUGUGGGUGGGGUCAUAGCUUAGUGAGGGUGGCUGCUUGUUUAAAUGAGGGGGGGUUCGGGGGGCUUUUUGAUUUUCAUUUUAGGGUAGGGUCAGGGGCAGGCGCUUAAAAUGUUACGAUUCUAUUGUGUAUAUUGAAACCCCAGCUGUUCACUUUGACUGCAAUAUGAUUUAUGUUAAAUAAAAUAUGAACUUGAAUGACGAGAAAA